GCUCUGAGAAGAACCGGUUUGUUAACAUCUGACCCUCGGCUGCGGGACUGUGUCCAUCAGAUGAGACAGUUCACACGGGAUUCCAUGGGACCGGUCAUGAUGGACAAAAAACUUUUCAGAAGGUGCGUUGGCAACAACAUCAUCUUGCUGACUAAGGCUUUCAGAAAAAACUUCAUCAUCCCUGACUUUGAGGAGUUUACCCUCCAGAUCAACAGGAUGUAUGAGAGCGCCCAUCAACAAGGAGGGGGACAUGUAGCCGAUUACAUUCCUCAGCUGGCAAAGUUCAGCCCGGAUCAUUGGGGCGUAUCCGUUUGCACCAUAGAUGGACAGAGAUAUUCAGUGGGCGACACCAAGAUUCCCUUCUGCCUGCAGUCGUGUGUGAAGCCCCUGGAGUACGCCAUCGCUGUGCACGAGCUCGGCAGUGAACACGUUCACCGCUUUGUGGGCAAGGAGCCCAGUGGCUUCAAAUUCAACAAACUGUCGCUAAACGAGGAAGAUAAACCACACAACCCCAUGGUGAACGCUGGAGCUAUCGUCAUUAGCUCUUUACUGAAGCCUCUUUCAAAUAAAGCGGAGAGGUUUGACUACGUGAUGGACUUCUUGAAAAGCAUGGCUGGUACAGAAUAUGUGGGGUUCAGCAAUGCCACUUUCCAGUCAGAGAGGGAGACUGGUGAUAGAAAUUAUGCCAUCGGUUAUUACCUGAAGGAGAAAAAGUGCUUCCCUGACAAUGCAGAUAUGAUUGGAGCCCUAGACUUCUACUUUCAGUUGUGCUCCAUCGAGGUAACCUGUGAGUCCGGAAGUGUCAUGGCUGCCACACUGGCCAAUGGAGGCAUUUGUCCAAUCACGGGCGACCGUGUGUUAAGCGCUGAAGCCGUCCGCAACACUUUGAGUCUAAUGCAUUCCUGUGGGAUGUACGACUUUUCCGGGCAAUUUGCCUUCCAUGUUGGUCUGCCUGCAAAAUCUGGAGUUUCAGGUGCCGUUUUGCUGGUGGUUCCCAACGUUAUGGGUAUUCUGUGUUGGUCACCGCCACUGGAUCGGCUAGGAAACAGCGUCAGAGGAAUUCAGUUCUGUCAGGAGCUUGUGUCUUACUUCAACUUCCACAAUUAUGACAACCUGAGGCACUUCACCAAGAAGCACGACCCCAGAAGACGAUCAGACGACGACCCGAACAAGUCAGUCGUUAACCUGAUGUUUGCAGCGUACAGCGGUGACGUCUCUGCUUUGAGACGGUUUGCCCUCUCCGCUGUUAACAUGGAGCAGAGGGAUUACGACUCCCGUACAGCUCUCCACAUCGCUGCUGCCGAAGGCCACGAAGACGCUGUAAUGUUCCUGACAGAAGUAUGUAAAGUGAAUCCCUACAUUAAAGACAGAUGGGGCAACACACCCCUCGAUGACGCCAUGCAGUUUGGCCAUGAUGUUGUUGUUUCAGUCCUGCAAAAGUACCAAGGCGGGUACGCAGACGGCGACUCAUCCAGGAGCACAGAGGAACAGGGCACCGUGCUGGACACGAUAAAAAGCAUUGUUUAAAAAGCCCCAGAAAGGUUUGGAUUGCAAACCUUUUGUUGCACAACUGAAAUGAAUGACACGACAGACGGUUACUGGGAAAACUGAUGAAUGACUGACUUUACUCUCUUUUUAAAGGCUAUUCUCUUUUAGGGUAUCAGAAAAUUUCUUUGGGGCGAAUAAAGUCCCAAUCAAUAGGAUAAUUAUCCUCUUUGCUUUAUAAACCAAAUGAAGAGUCAGAAAUAUUAAAAUCUUCCCCAACCAAGGGCGAUAAAAUGUGCACUUUUAAAUGAGGGCGUGGAACUGUUUUGGGAAGGGAAAAAAAAGGGGGGGUGUUGUUGUAUCUGUGCAAAAGAAAAGGUCAAAAACUGAACAUACUACAGUACUAUAUCGAUAAACAAGUUGCUAUUAUUACUAACUUGUUUACCAUUAUUUGAUUGUGUAGCAAUAUUCUUUCUUUGCACAUCGGUUGAAUUGGAAAAUGUUACUGAUGUAAAUAUUUAAACUGCAAUAUUUAUUUUUUAAAUAUUGAAAUGUUGUAUAUUUUACGUUGGCCCCUUUCACACUGAAAUGAGAUCAUUAUAGGAUCAUUAUAAGACUUACAAGUAGCUUAUUGCAGAUGUGUUCUGGAGUGCAUUACAAAUAAUACAAAAUCCUCUCAUUGUUUUCAGCUUGAACAAAACUUGGGUAGAACGGUCAUGGUGAUUUGUUGUCAUAGGGGGAGGCAUAUAGGCGUUCUGGAGGCAGAAUGGUGGCGGUGGUAGUGUUUUUUAUAAAGUGAGGUUCAAAUACACUUUAUGGCUCAGUCAUCAGAGAAUUUAAAUCUGGACCGGGCAAGCAAGCUUUGUGCCCACUCCAUACUCUCAAAUCGUUAAGUAAGCUCGUGGAAUACUGUUGGAGGAGGUGACUCUAUGUGCAUUGCUUUUGCUGAAGGUCUCUCUUAAACCAGCAUGCAACAAAUGAGCCCCACCCUCCGCACGCCGUGCCACACCACGGUCUGCUGCACACAGGAAGCAGCACCCUCCGGUAAAAAAUAAUCCCAGGAAGGGAGAAGCGCACACACCUCCAAAGUGUGUGGGAGCGUAGAUGUGCUGGUUGCUGAGCGACUGACGGAAAUCUUUAGGCUACAGCUUAAACACAGUCCUUGUAUCUUAUUUACAUUAUGAUCUAACUUGUAAUGUAAAUGUAUUCAUAUUGUAAUGUAAUUUGUAAUAUAUUGUAAUUAAUAUGUAUAACGGAAUAUGUAAAUAGAAUAUUUCAAUAUCAUCUGAGCAACACAAAUGCAAUACAAUACACGCAGACAUUUUGGAUUCUCUCUUCAUAAUUCCACCUGCGGUCAAGCGAGUGGUUUCCUCCUUUAUGAAAGGACUAAAACUGGUUGUGGAGGUGCAGAAAUGUCACAUAUAUGGAGAGAGAAUUUCUGUGCAUCCUGACAUGGUUAUGGAAACAGUCUGGUGCACCAGCGGUAGC